ACGGCAGACAAAGACCAGCGCACAACAUGGCGGCCCCAGAGUCUGGCGGAAAGGUCUGGGGCCGGCGCUGGCUUUGCCUCUGACCGACAGCCAGAGUGACGGGGAGACCCGACGGCCGAAAGGGUCAGAGGAGGUUAGGCCUCCAGCGGACCAGCUGUCCGGCCCCCAUAAUUCCCUUUCCUGGGCCGUUUCAUCUUUCUCUACCUAGCGGCGAGCCUCUCCGAAAGCCCCCGCCCCGCUUCCUGGGAGCCUCACUUUCCCGGCGCCGCGGGACUCCCCUAGGCUUGCACCCUUCCCCCAUACCCCGAUCUACCUAAGCAGCCGUCCCCACUUUCCCCUCGUGCCCCCUUCCCGGCUCCACCCACCUCUGGCCGGCUAACCUGUUGGCCCCGCCCCCGUGCCCCUCUCUCACCCGCUGACUCCACCCUCACCUCGUGCUCUCCCCAGCCCAUCCACGUGCUCACUAGCCCCGCCCCGGACCCCCACCCUCACCUCCUCCAUGGCGGCUGAGGCCCCGAGCCCAGGGGAGAGGAUCAACAUCCAGGCGAGCGAGGGCCCCCCGGCCUCGGGAGCCAAGGUCGGGAACGGCUGCCCGUGCAGUGACACAGCGGCGGCUCCUGGGCCGCGAGGGCGGUCGUGGCGCCACAAGUGCGCCUCGUAUGUGCUGGCGCUGAGGCCGUGGAGCUUCAGCGCAUCGCUGAGCCCUGUGGCGCUAGGGAGUGCGCUGGCCUAUCGCUCCCAGGGUGCGCUGCAGCCGGGCCUGCUGCUGGGCAGCGCCGUGGCCGUGCUGGCCGUGCACGGGGCCGGGAACCUGGUCAACACCUACUACGACUUCUCCAAGGGCAUCGACCACAAGAAGAGCGAUGACCGCACACUCGUGGACCGCAUCCUGGAACCCCAGGAUGUGGUUCGCUUCGGUGUCUUCCUCUACACCCUGGGCUGCGUGUGUGCUGCCUGCCUCUACUGCCUGUCCACCCUCAAACUGGAGCAUCUGGCGCUCAUCUUCUUUGGGGGUCUCUCCAGCUCUUUCCUCUACACCGGAGGAAUUGGAUUCAAGUAUGUGGCUUUGGGAGACCUGGUCAUCCUCAUCACCUUUGGUCCACUGGCUGUUAUGUUCGCCUAUGCUGUGCAGGUGGGGUCCCUGGCCAUCUUCCCGCUGGUCUACGCCAUCCCCUUGGCUCUCAGCACCGAGGCCAUCCUCCAUUCCAACAACACCCGGGACAUGGAGUCAGACAGAGAGGCCGGCAUUGUCACUCUGGCCAUUCUUAUUGGUCCCACCUUCUCCUACAUCCUCUACAACACGCUGCUCUUCCUGCCCUACCUAAUCUUCAGCAUCCUGGCCACUCGCUACACCAUCAGCAUGGCGCUGCCUCUGCUCACCAUUCCCAUGGCCUUUUCACUGGAGAGACAGUUCAGGAGUCAGACCUUCAACAAAUUGCCACAGAGGACUGCCAAGCUCAACCUCCUGCUGGGGCUUUUCUAUGUCUUUGGCAUCAUCUUGGCACCAGCAGGCACUCUGCCCAAACUCUAAAGGGACCCAAGGUUCUGCCGCCGACCCCCCUCCCCAACCCUUGUGCCCCCUUCAGUGGAAUGUGACUCCCUGGUGUCUGAGAACAGACUGGGAUUUUGUGACCUUUCGCCCUUUCUGAGUAACAGACUUUAAUGUGCAAAAUCUUGUGUGAAUGAUGGUGGUCAGGGCGCUCGCUCUGUUCAGUCUCCACUAGAGGGCAGUGUCACAUCACUUUGCUUGCACAUGGGAGUACUCAGAGGACUCUGGAGCUUAGCCUCUCACCUCACCAUCUCCCUUCAAUUAGGACCCUAAUUCUGGGCCCUUAUUACAAUUCUUAUUUCAGCUUUAUUUUCUUACUGGUCUGGUUUUUCAUGAAAUAUGAUGAUUAGUACCAAGCUCAAUGAACAUAGGCAGUGCCUGUCUCUUACCUUUUGACCUCUGGUCCAGAAAGUGCUGUCAGAGGGAGAAAAGUCCUUCAUUAACAGCCUAGUAUGGCUCAGAAAAAUUCGCCCCUUGAUGCAUCUACUCUCUUGUCAGUUGCCACAAUUGACUAAAAAUAUUAGGUCACCUUUUAGCAAAGAAUCAAGCUGGAGACAAGGAGAAAAAAGAGGCCCUCCAAAGGCACCCUGGUUUGUGUGAAGGUGGGCAGGGUGGCUGUUUCCUUCUCAAUAUGAAUAUGCCUAGAAAGACAAAUGGAUUAGGAAUUUCAGUAACCAUUGACCUGAAAGCUCUAGGAGCAAUGACAGCAAUCGGUAAGCUGUUUGAGAUUUAAGAUAAUAUUUUCCAUUCAGCAAUGCCCAGUCCCUCCCCUUUAACAUUUCUUUUGGAUACUCUUGUCCAGUUUUCACAGGGAGAAAACAAAUUCACAUUUAGUAACUAGAUUUUAUGGUAAGAGUUUAAGAACUACUGCAGGGUUGAGAUGGGGCCUACUGCCUCAGGGUAACCAAAUAAGAUACAGGCCAAUCAAUGGGCCAUGUUCCCUCCAGAGCCAGAAUAGGCAAAGUGUAGCUAAUUUCAUUUGUAUCUUUAAAGAUAGAUGCAAUUUUGACAUGUAUUUUUCGCUAUGGGAUCCUUGAGAUGAAGCAUGGGGGAACACCUUGCUAAAGACACAUUAAAAAUGGAUUGAGGUUUGCACAUGACUAGGAUUACCUUUGCAUUUCUUUGUAGAGAGAUUGUGGCUCUGAGACAGCCUUUGCAUUAGGAAGGGCUAGGACUGAGAUCCCAUGGGGUGCUAGAUUCAUUCACAUUCUCUUUUGGGAUAUAAUGCUUCAUCUAAUAAACCCCAAAUAUUUAUAUCCCUUUUCCCAACAGCAAUAUUAAGGCCUUUGUGUCUAGAAUAGUGGCAUAAAUCUCAGUUGGUAGACCAGGCUCACUACCCAGAUCACGAAACUUAGCCCCUAUACCAAAGUUGGUCAAAUCACAAAGACUAUAGAGUGUGGAAAUCACAAAGGUUCUUCUUUAAAAGGUGUUUAGCAAAGGUUUGUGGUCCCAGGAGAGACACCAGCAGCAAAGAGAAAGGGUAAAGUCUUCCUUGGGCACCCUUCUUCUAGUACCUUUAUAAGAAAUGCCAGUUGUGGAUUUCUAGAUGUUCUUCUCUAUCCAUGGAUCAGUCCCCUUUCAGAAUUCACCCCUUGAGGGUGGAGGUUGGAGUCAUCAGCUGAACCCCAAGUUAGCCACCAAUGUCCAGCUCACUGGCCCCAUCUGUGUCAUCAGCCUGUGUCAGAGUUUAGUGCCGAUUUUAAUACAUUUUUGAUACAUACUCUUGAGAAGGCCAAACUUGUUUUUGAAUUUUGUACACAGCCCACCAUGUAUUUAUAUGGCUGUCCUUGAUUCAGUGAAGUUUUCUUAAUCCUAUUGAUUAAAAAAAAAAUUCACUUAUCA